GCACGUAACUGGACAAUAACUGCCGAUCAAGGUCGCGCCAGAUUCAACUUCGCCCUGAAUUGUGCCAUCAGUCCCCUAUAUCUUCAGAAAUUAAAAAGCAUUUAACAGCACAUUAAAUUGUUAUAAUUUAAUAUAAAAAACCGCCUCUCGUCUACAGCCGAAAGAAGCCAUGCUCGGUGUUGGAGAAGAAACCCCUUCCAGGUUUGAUUUACUUAGCAUGAUUAGAAAACACUCUAAUCUAUUGGGGAAAACGGUGGUGGAAGAAGAAGAUGCCUCCGACAUUGAAAUGGACGGUCAAUUUUGGCACGACAUCUUUGAUCUGUAUUUCCUUCGGGGUAAAGAAUCCAGACGACGGCAAGACGACGAUCUCUUAUUUUUCGUGAGAAAAUGGAGAGAACAUGAUUUUAAUGAUAAGAACGGUGUCGUUCCUUACUUUGUACGCAGGUGGGCACCUGAGUUGGAUAAGUUAGUUGGUGAGAAUUUAUCAGAGGUUGAUUGGAGGCGCUCGUUUUACUUGAACAUGAUUGCCCAUACUUCGUACUCUGUAACAGUGGCAAUUUGCAGUCAGCAUGUCCUUCAAAAUCAUCAAGUGGGGCAAGAUACACCAUUGUCUGCUAUCUACAAGGUUGUGAAGACUGUUUAUGCAUCUCCUAGCCGAGUAAAUUUUCAUUUGGACUCAAAAAAGGAAGUAGAGACAACACCUGCCUAUCCAGACAUCUGCUUCGCCAUAGAUGAUUUUGAUUCCACUUUUGAUGCAGUGGUCUUGACAGAUACAGAUCAUUGCUACUGUGUGCUUCUUAAUGCACAUGAUGGAGCAGCAUUUCCUAGUGAAACAGAGACAAAUGAUAGCUGUUCCAGUAACAAAUUACCAUUGAGAGUAAAUGCUAAUUCUAUGAUGAUGAAAAAUUGUAAGCUUACACUUUUUUCUGGAUUUGUCAGCUAUCAAAUGGUUCGGGAUGCAUAUGAUGCUGGGCGUUCUGGAUUUGAAAGUCUUCUGUCAGUUGGUCAUUACUCUGGUAAAACAGACAGACUUUACAUGAAAGGUCCUGGAGGAUGUGGACAAGUUGAAGUCUCUGUUUCAGGUGUUGCAGACCAAAGCAAGCAAUCUUCUGGCCACCCUUCACCAGUUACGCCAAACAGAGGUUCCAGACUUGGCUCAUUGUUCCGUAAAGCAGCUUCGGCCGUCUCUGUGGCAGCACAGCAUGCUUAUGUGACUGCUACUUCAACUUCUGAUGAAGAGAUGAUACCUCUCAAAUGCUGUUUAAUGUCUAUAACGCUGCCCUGGGAGCACAUUGCUCAUGAUCUUUUGUUCAAGAGAAGUCCUCCCGUGAACUUGUAAAUGUCUUGUUGACAAAAUCUGCGUGACAUACAUGCAACCUGCAGAAGAAAGGGGAGGGAGGGGGAAAGCAUUCGAGAAGUAGACAUGCAAAAAAUGUUCAAAAUAUUCCACUUUCUUGAGGAUGAAAGUAGAUCGUGUCAUAUAUUGGUUUGGGGUCGAGUGUUCUUAGGUUAUAUUAUGACUAUUGUACAUUAUUAAUAGUAAACGCUAGUUUGUUGCUUA